AUGGUUUCUCCGUUGUUCAAUGUUGGUCUUCUUCUGGGAAAAAGUGCCAAAGAAAACAGAAAACGAGCGGUUAGUACGGAGGUAACACUGAUUUUUUAAAGUCCUCACCACCAAGUAGUCGUCCAAAAUUUGUGGGCAGUUUUUUAAUCAUUACUUUUUCCAUGAAAUUUGCUUGGCGUUUAUUUAUCAUAGAUUUGGCCCGGACGUGACAUCCUCGCUUAUGCAGACCAAGAUGAACCGCAACAGGAAGCACGUUAAAAUCAGACGUUGCGGCUCAUGGUACAAUACUUUUCUCUGGCCAAGGUGCCUGCGGAUCUUUGCCAAACUAGUUGGAAACUGAAGACCAUGGGACUUCAAGUGCACCCAGUCAUUCAACACAGGAUCUUGUCCUUAUGGAUGCCCGCGGACUGUCACCCUAUUUGGACGACCUGUCAACUAUAUUAUGUACCAGGAGACAUCCUUUAUGGCCGGGUUGGACGGGCUGCCAGUAUUCGUCGUUGGUUGCUGUUGCAUGCUGCUGACAAAGUUCAAAAGGGAGGAGUUGAUGACCCCAGGGAUCAGAAUGCUAUCAAAAUUGGAAUGGAUCUGUGGGAUCGUCCUAGCCUCACACCAAGGUUUUGCAGCACAGUCGUUGUAAAGAUUCGUUCACUGGACUUGCAUGCAACGUCCGGAUGCAGAUGAUGCUACACAAGAUACUAAAAACGAGUAUCUACUAAACACUGAGUAACUACUCUUCUGAGCAAGGGAAAAAUAUUUACUUUCGUGAUUUAGACAGCGAGAUGACAUGUUUGUUGGUUCAUAUGGUCUACUUGAAAAUAAAAACAAGUUCCCAAGAUUUGUCUGUCUUAUGAUUGAAGAAGGCGUUUGA